AUGGCGCAAGUUGCCCCACUAACCGAGGCAAGCGUUGCCACUUCCCGUCUCAACCCGAAGCAAUUGUCAUCCUUCACAUCAACCAUUAUUGCCAGAGUCAUGUCAGACGCGACCGAACAGCCAAAGAAGGAGAGGUUUGCACCCAAAGAGCCGGUGACCCUACAGCCUCCCAAGGAUGACAUAAUCGACCGCGACCACCUGGCGAAAUGUGACGGCACCAACGAGGGCUACCCCACAUUAGUAGCGAUCAAGGCAGACGUCUUCGACGUAAGCGGCAAAGAGACAUAUGCACCUGGCAAAGGCUACCACGUCUUUGCCGGCAAGGAGCCGAACAAAGCUUUGGGCCUGUCGUCGCUCAAACCUGAGGAUUGCAUAUCAGACUUCUCAACGCUAUCUGAUAAGGAGAAACAGACCUUGCACGACUGGCAUACUUUCUUCAGCAAGCGGUACAAUAUUGUGGGGCGACUACAAUCGGAAGGUGCCGCCAAUCUGUAGUAGCUACUGUUCCGAGCUUCUGGGCCAGCUCAGCGAUACGUUAUCACUCAAUCUACAGCAAAUCUCCCACGUCACAUCAAUAUCUCCUGUGGACGGUCGCUCACUGUGC